AUGUACGUCACAGCCAAUCUUUCCUCUCCCCCAUCCUCUCAAUCAGAUAUCGACGAUGGUGAAGUACCGUCGGUGCUUGCCAGUCAUCUGCGCAACAGGAUCCUCAGCUCAGCCCUCCGCAUCAAGCAAGGCCGGAAGGGCAGGAAACGGACGACCACCAUCUUCACGUCACCACCAACCAGAUAUCACUUUGAACUUGUUUGGCCUGGGUAUGACCUAAACAGUACGAUGCUAGCGGAUGAAGACGACAAGCCAUUCACCAGGAUCGCUCGACCAGUCGAGAGGACGAGCCUCAAUCGUCUCAAGGCCCAAGAGGGUAUCCUGCCGAUUUGUCCAAGUGGACUCAACAUGACCGUAACUGGGCAUAAACGAACGUCACCAGAGGCGUUCUUUGACUCUACUGAAGAGCCACCAGCAAAGAAGAUACUAGCCAUGACACAGGGUGGAAAGGCCUCUGUUUCUGUCGCGGCUGAAAACGCACUCAUUACCAGGGUGAUAUAUCCAGCUUCGACCCUAGCCGGAGUAGGAUCCUCCCUGUUCCUCAAGGCACAAUCAACACCAACCCAAAUUAGUGAGAUGAUGAGACAGGAGCCGCCAAUGGAGCCGUUCAUGGACCCCUUUCCCUUGCCUACCAUGCUAACAAUGGCGACACCCACCGGGCCAUUCACACAAUUCCUUGCAAUCUCCUUCCGUGUUGAAGCGGCUCUUCGCUAUGUCUCGUCUAUCUUUUCGUCGCGAUCAACCACACCAUUUUACGGCGUGAAGAGUUUUGAGCCCAGCACUCCCGCAUUGCUGAAUCUUCAGAUUUUUGCCGUUGUGGACGCCACUGAGAAGAACGGCGUAAGAAACACUAUUUCUCUCGCAGACUUGUUCUUUCCAGAUCGCCCUCCCUAUCUCACAGGUACCAUCGGUCCUCACACCACUUCUCAGACGCUGGACCCUGCUUCAUACAUGACAUUGCCCAAGGGCACUUUCGUGAGAGUCAUUGUAUCGAUCUCUUUGACACAAGUCUCCAACGGCUUGGCCGCAUCGGGAAGAAGUGCGCCUCUUAUGCCGUUGCCAAAUCCUGGCGUGAACACACCGAUGCCAGGUCGAGACACAUACAACAUCAGCAUAUUGAAUAUCAAUUGCUCCAAUUGGGACGAGGUCCAGUUGAUGAAGCGCAUCCUGGACUCGAAGCCGGGGGCCGUGCCGUCUUCUCCUCCAGUUGUCCCUCCUUCAAUCUCGACAGGGAGCGGCCUGGCAAGCGUCCGAAGCAAUGAGUUUGACCUUUCCCCCAUGGCCCUCAGGAGCAACCAAGGAUAG